CGAUCACCCACAAUUCCGCGCGCAGAUCCGCUUUCCUUUCCGUGAGAGUUAAGAUGGCGGACCGGCGGCGACGGAGACGGCGCGCCUCUCAGGACAGCGAGGAGGAGGACGAGUCCGCGUCGGGCUCCGAGAGCGGGGGGUCGCUGCCCGGCGUCCGGAAGACUCGCGGAGAAGAGCCCGUGCCGGUGGAGUCGCCCGCGGAGCGCGUGAGCGCCAAGAGAGACGACGAGUCGGAGUGUGAAAGUGAAGAUGGUGUUGGUGAAGCGGUCUUAUCGGACUAUGACAGCGCUGAUCUGGAGGAGAACGGGUCGCACACGGAGGGAGGAGAGGAGGAGGAGGGAGAGCAUUUCAGUGAUGAAGAGGCCUCACGUCCUGCCGCAGAGCCGAAGCCCAGUGCAGACGCCCCGACAGAAGAGCUUGGUGAAGAGGAGGAGAGAGAUGGAGUGGUCAAGGAAGUUAAAUCUGAUGAGAAGGGCAAUCUAGCCGGGGAGCGACAGAGUGGGGACGGACAGGAAAGCACAGAGGACCCUGAGAAUAAAUCAGGCAGCAAAGGCGAGAAGCUUGAUGAUGAUGAGGACAGGAAGAAUCCUGCCUACAUCCCCCGAAAAGGUCUUUUCUUUGAGCAUGACGUGAGAGGCCAGGCUACAGAGGAGGAGAGGCCAAAAGGCAGGCACAGGAGGCUGUGGAAGGACGAGGGCCGAUGGGAACACGACAAGUUCCGCGAAGAGGAGCAGGCCCCAAAAUCGCGCGACGAGCUAAUUGCUUUAUAUGGUUAUGACAUCCGCAAUGGCACAGGGGCAAGUGACGGGCGAUCGUACCGCCCUCGAAAACCCAGAUAUGCUGGUUCACCCAGUCGGGAGCCGAGGCGUCACCGUGACGGUGAAAAGUCAGUUCGUACAACAUGGCAGGCGCCUCCACCUGGCCACCGCAACACCCCUCAGAUGGUUCCCCUACAGUCAGGCACACCUCCUGCUCCCCCUGUAGCACCCAAACCCUCUGGCCGACCCUCGACUCAGCCUCCACAGCGCAGCUUCCAAAGCAGUCGCUUCUCGUCGGCCCCCCACAGGACAGAAGGGCAGAGACACUCGAAGCCCAGUCUAGACGGCCCGCCACCCCGAGGAGUGCAGCCACAGCUUGUAGAGGGCGAGAGGGGCCCGAGGCUCAGGGGCCGAGGCUCACAUGCUGUUCACGCCGAGCGUAGCCCAGCCGUGGUGGUGGAGGACGUCCGCAGUGAGGAAGAUGAGGAGGAGGGCGAGAUUCCAACAGCUACAACUACAUACACCGCUCACCACUACAGGACUGAGAGAGAGAGGGUCCCGGCUCCACGGAAACAAGAGUCUGGCCCAGCGAUGGAAGGGGGCAGUGCAGCCGGUCCGGUGCGAGAAUCGUCUCCUCCUCAAGAGAGGCCGGUGGAAAAGAAGUCGUACUCUCUUGCGCGGAGGGCGACGCGAACGCGACCAUCUGAUCUCAGUAAGCAGGCGUCAUUAGAUGAGUCUUCGCCCGUGGUCCAGCAAGCCCCAGCGGCAGCAAAGAGCGAGUCGUGGCAAGAGCAGAGCGAUGCUGGAACACAAGCUGGACUGACAGGCCUCGACCAGGACCUGGCCCGACUCAGCCUGGCGGGGCAAAACUGGGCCCAAAGCCCACCCUCCUACCUGCAGGCUGAGAUGAGAGGCAUUCGUAGCUCCAUGCACAUGACAGGAGGCCCUCCGCAGUAUGGAAACAUGGAGGAUAUGCAGGGUGUUGGCGGUGGCCGGGCUAAGCGCUAUUCAUCACAGCGCCAGAGGGCAGUUCCCGAGCCUGCACCCAUGCACAUUGGAGUCAUGGAGGGCCAUUAUUAUGAACCCAUGUCUUUCCAGGGACCAAUCUACGCGCACGGGGAAAGCCCAGCAGCCCUGCCCCCUCAAGGCAUGCUGGUUCAGCCUGAGAUGCACCUGCCACACCCCACUCACCCCGGACACCCAGGCUUGCACCCGCACCAGUCAGGAGGUCCCAUGCCCAAUCCAGCUCUUUACGCCGCCCCACCUGUUUCUAUAUCACCUGGGCAACCGCCUCCACAGCAGCUGCUGCCCCCACCCUUCUACCCCCCUCCAGGUGUGAUGACCUUUGGGAACACCAACUACCCGUACCCUGCCGGAGCUACGCUACCUCCAAUGUACCCCAACCCCCAGGCACAGGCACAGGUACAGGUCUACGGUGGUGUGACCUACUACGACACGGUACAGCAGCAAGCUCUGCCCAAACGCUCCCCGCCCCGACGCUCCUCUCAUCCCGUUACAGUCAGACCUCCCCCUCCUGAGGACCAGAGCAGAAAGGCCGCUGAGGAGAUUCACUCCUAGCUGACGGAGGACGAGGAGGCCGCCGCUUGUCAGGACCAGCACCGCUUCUGUAUAAAUUCAAUUCCCCAUUUAGGUUGUACUACCGUUUGUGUAUUUGUUACGCCUUGCUUCGGUUCACUCUCUUCAUCCAAAGUUCUGUUUGGGGGUUGCUCCCUAUCUUUUGUAUUUCCAUUCAAAACCAGUGAAGUGUUUUUCCAUUAUCUGCUGAUCGGCUAUGAGUUAAAUGUGCGGUCUUACACAGCGAGCGGUUUUAGUUUUCACUGAGCAACUCCUGCAUCGCUGUCUCUAAUAGACGAGAAGUCAACAUGCACAAGACUGCUGGACUUUUGAAUCGAGUUUGUUUUAAAUCUCCUUGUACUCUGUUGGGCAGAUAAAUGUUUUUACUGAGAAGGAGAAAAGCACUAAGACAAACUAGUGUGUGAAAGAUGGACCUGCAUUAUUAAUUCUGGACUUACGGUUCAAAUAUAGUCUCAAAUCAGUGUCAUGCUUCAAAUAGAGCUGUCAGACCAGCAGACGGUUAUGAAGUUAAUGGUAAUGAAAUCCAAGACCUUUUUUUUGGUCCAAAUUAAGGCUCUUUUAGCAUGUUUUCUUUUCCGUUUAAGAGAGCUGUGCUAUUCUGACUGCUGAACCUGCUGUGAUGGUGCUAGUCCCAUUUCAGACUGAUCAAUCCUCCUCCCUCCGUCUGUCCCUUGUAUCUUUGGACAUUGUACUGUGUUGAAUUCAAUACUGUAAUUCUAUCGAAGCAAACCGUUAACCUUGCCCGAUACUGACCUACUUGACCGUGCGACUCGCUUGAUUAGCUUUCUAUUGUAAGUGUACAUAUUAAAGUAUAUUGAAGCCAGUGGUUUAACAAAUAAUACUAAGAAAUAGUCAUUUAUGAAGUGCUGUCAGUAUGAACAAAGUCAGCAGGGAACCUAGCUUAGGCCUGUCUUUCAUUUUUUUACAUUUCAUUUCUAAAAUUAAUUUGCAGUUAAUCAAUUUUUUUCCUUUUUAUAAAUAGUAAUAUGGUUGCAAUAGUUUUCUUUCAGGCACACUGUACAGGCAUGCGUGGUUUUAUAGCUAUAUUUCUUUGUGAAAGCAAUUCUAGAUGGCAGAUCUGACUGUGAGCUGUUAUUCUUUGAGUGCUAUGGAUGCAUUUUUUUUUUUUUAAUUGUUCCCUUUAUCAUUGUUUCCAAUGAAAGGAAGAGAAAACUAACAGUAUAAAUGAGAUGUUGUCGUUCCCAGCGUUGUAUAGACAUGGCUCCUAAAGACUAUUAGAAGAUGUUGUAUUAAUUUCUAUGCCUUAAAGAGUUAAUUGAUUAGACAUAUCUGUCUUUGUUUGAUUAGACCUGACAACACUGUGAGGGCUUGUGUUUCAUAGUUUGUUUGAAUAAUAUUAGUGUUUCAUUUUUGCCAUUUUAUUUUGAGGAGCAAUGUCAGGAGAUGAAAUUAAACAAAAACUGAAUAUAA